ACCCAACAAGAGACUCCAGGGUAUCUUACCGUUUGUGAAAAAGUCAGCCAACAUUGCAUAGCAUGAAGGUGAGUGGUGAGUAUUGUAUUGUUUUUAUUUUUUGGUAAUCAGUAUUGUAUUGUUUAACUUGGAAAUGAGUGAGCAUGGAUAAGAGAGACGACUAAGUGGAUUCUCAGGGGAAGAAAAUACAGAUUAGGAAGAAACUACAAUCCUACAUGAAUCACCGGAGUAGUGGAUACGCGGGGUUUAAUACUGGCAAUGUGGUGAGACUUUCAACUGUAUCUAUCAAGAGUGUUAGAGGAUGGUUGGAGAAAAUGUUCUGGAAGAUGACACGUAUUGUAAACUGGUGGAAGACUGUCCUUUUCGUUUGCGUGCUUGCUUUAGCCGUUGAUCCUUUGUUUUUCUUUAUCCCUGUGAUUGAUUCUCAUAAGUUCUGCUUCACUUUGGACAAGAAGCUUGGUGUAGCUGUUUGUGUCCUUCGUACUCUUAUUGACGUAUUCUAUGUGAUUCACUUCAUUUUUCAUUUUAUAACCGAGCGCAUCGCUCCUCGUUCUCGAGCCUCAUUAAGAGGCAAUUCUAAGCCUAUAAGGAAGAGACUUUUCUUUUUCUACUUCAGUGUUGACAUUGUCUCUGUUCUCCCCAUUCCCCAGGUGAUGGUUCUUACUCUCCUCUCAAGAAAGCAAAAGACGUCACUGGUGUCCAAGGAGAUACUAAAAUGGGCUAUGUUUUGUCAAUCUAUACCUAGAAGCAUCCGUAUCUAUCCGAUUUACAAAAAUGGGACAAACCUAUAUGGUAGGGUUGCUCUAACGAAGUGGGUUGGAGCUGCUUUAAACCUUUUCUUUUACUUGCUGCCGAGCCAUGUGAUUGGGGCUAUCUGGUACUUGAGUGCAGUUGAAAAGAAAGAGACAUGUUGGCGUGAAGCGUGUGCAAAGAUACCCGGAUGUGACCUAACAAAUCUCUUAUGUGCACGAGGUGCUGGUGGAGACAACAGUCGUUUCCUAAACACUUCAUGCCCAUUAAUCGAUCCGGAGCAAAUCACAAAUUCCACAGUUUUUAACUUUGGCAUCUACACUGAUGCAUUGAAAUCUGGGGUGGUAGAGACAAGGGAUUUUCCAAGGAAGCUCUUGUACUGCUUUUGGUGGGGACUCCGAAAUAUUAGUGCCUUGGGCCAAAACCUAAAGACAAGCAACUCUGCAGGGGAGGUCUUUUUUGCUAUCAUCAUUUGUGUCUCUGGUGUACUCUUGUUUGCUGGGCUCAUUGGAAAUGUUCAGAAGUACUUGCAAUCAACUAGUAUAAGAGUAGAUGAAUGGGAGGCGAAGAAAAGAGACACAGAACAAUGGAUGCCUUCUGAGGACCUACCAGACGAUCUAGAGAAAUGCAUUGAAUGGGAAAAAACCAGUAGCAUAGAAAGGGAAGCUCAUCUUCGUAGUCUUCCAAAAGACCUAAGGGUCGAAGCCAAACGCAAUUUAUACUUGUAUUCAUUGGAGAAUGUUCCUUGGAUCUCCUUCAUUGAUGAUGAUUGGCUACUAAAUGAAAUUUACGAUCGGGUGAAGCCUGUGUUCUACUCCCAAAAAAGCUACAUACUGGGAGAAGGUGACCCGGUUAAGGAAAUGCUUAUUGUAACGUACGGCGAAUUGGAAAGCAUGACAGAAUCUUUUGAAACAUCUAGCUACAGCGAUAUCCAAAUUCGACUCAUGAAAGGUGAUGUAUGGGAAGAUCUUCUCUUUUGGGCUCUUGAUCCCCAUACUUCUCCUAGCCUUCCCAUCUCAAACGGAACCGUAACGACGCUUACCUAUGUUGAGGGCUUAACUCUCUCGGCUGAUGAUCUCAAGUUUCUAGCCUACCAUUUGAGACGCUAUCACAGCGUCAAACUCCAACACAUCAAACACAGUUUCAGAUGCCAUUCAAAGUCUUGGCGAUCAUGGGCAGCAUUCUACAUACAGGCAGCAUGGAAAGCACAUUGCCGAAGGAAGGCUUCUAAGAUAUUACCUGCCAUAAAGGACGAACAACAAAUUCUACAAGACACACAACGCAAUCUGGGAGCAACACUCUAUGCGUCGAGGUUUGUCUCUAAAGCUUUGCGAAAUCGACAUGUCGAUUCAGCGGAAUGUUCCAGCUUUCCAGAGAUGUUACCUGACAAACCAGCCGAUCCCGAGUUCUCAAAGAAGGAAGCAUAGCGUAUCAUUGAAUAAAAUGGCCUACUUCAUCACGAAGACGUAUCAACGCUCUUUAUUGCUCCUAUAAACUUAAAACUGGUCAACCCAAACGUGCUUUACCCUUCCGUAAUAAUUGUUAUUGCUUACAGCUUACUAUGUGUCUGUAAUUUAGUAAGAAACAAAACUUGUCAGCAAACUACGAAAUGUAAUCUAUCGAUUCAUAAAUUAGGUAUUUUUUAAAU